AUGGCACCCUUGGCUACGGUGAAGAGACCCGCCCAGUACAAACAGUCGUCUCGUAAAGGUAAGAAAGCCUGGAGGAAAAAUAUCGACUUAACUGAUAUUGAACAGAGUAUUGAGACGAGGAAGGAGCAGGAAAUUACACACGGUACUCCUGACAUCGGUACUUUGAAGAAUGAUGCACUUUUCCAAGUAGACGACACUGGAGAUGCGGCGCUGAAGAGUAGACUGAUCAAGAGGAAACAGAUCAAGAAGAACUUGAAGAGUAAAGAGAUCCUUGAAGCGGUGAAGAGUAAUUCCAAGGUGGCUGUAGUGAAACAUCCAAAGUAUGAUGAACAGAAGCACAAGAUCCAGACUGUUUCGAAGAAAGAAUUGAGGAAGUUGAUGGCGCUGGCCGGUAAAAUAGACGGCGAAUCGAAAAUCAAGAACCAUAUAGCCAAGGAUGGUCUUGUGAAGUCUGACUCUCGUGACAUAUGGGGCGCGGAGGAGUCUGGCAAGGUUGUUACCCCUGCAGGCAUCAGCCUGGAGGUCGAUGGCAACACAGAAGUUCCCGAAUCUUUGCUUAAGGAUUCUACCACUGGUUGGUCGAUAGCGUCGGUGAAACCAAAGACUCUGGACGCUGCACCUGUCAGAGUCAGAGAGAUUGAGGAGAUCCCGCACGCGGGAAAGUCCUACAAUCCCGAUAAAGCGGACUGGUCUAGUCUGGUUGAAAAGGAGUACAAACUUGAAAAGGUCAAAGAGGACAACAGGGUUGCUCUGCAGCAAUACAGGGAAAAGAUUCAGAAACUUAUGGAAAUACUGGAUGACAGUGAGGAAGAAGUGUCAUCUGAUGAAGACGAUGAUGCCGAGGAAGAGGACGAGGACGAAGGAAAACCCAGGGAUGAUAGACUUUCAAUCAACGAACCUGUCAAAAAUAAAAAGAAGACCAAACAUCAAAGGAACAGGGCUAGGAAGCACGAGGAGAAAGUCAAGCUUCAAGAAGAGCUUAAGAAGCUGAAAGCUCAAGUAAAGGAUUUGGAGAAGCUAGAAGAAACCGAGAAGCAAGUUCAGCAGGAGGAUGAACAAAGAAAGAGCCGUCAAGCUGAAAUAAAAAAGAAUAAGGUCAACAAAAAGCAUAAACUGGGGACCAAGUACUCUGCGCGAGAAAGUAAUCUCGAGUUGAAAUUUUCAGACGAGCUUUCUGAUUCUCUAAGAAAGCUGAGGCCCGAGGGUAAUCUCUUGUACGAUCAGUUGCACAAGUUGCAAAGCUCAGGUAAAAUCGAGUCUCGUGUGCCGGUUAAGAGAUCUAGGCGGUACAAGCAGAAGAUCACCGAGAAAUGGACUCAUAAAGAUUUUAAAUAG